CCUGGAUAUUUUGGAUAUUAUGACGAUUUUUACGAGGAAUACCCGUACUACAACUCUAGAUACACAUAUCUCUAUCAAAAGUUUGAAGACUUUCAGACUCUACUCCGGUUCAAUGAGUGAUGCAAUCGUAGUCAAAUCACAUGACAGGACUUCUUAGCGUAAACGUAAACUUAAUAGAGCACUAGCUAGAGUGGAUUUGCAAACGGAUCUACACACCCUAAAAAAUUAAGGAAACUCCCAAAAUUUGGCAAGUUUCUCCUUUAAAAGUGGGGGGUGAGUAUGCCUUGCUUAGUCUGAGUGAAAUGAAAGGCUUGCUGCUUUUUUGUUCAAUUUUGCUACUUCAUAUCCAUCUACAGGCCAGUGACGUUUGUAAUGAAGAUUAUGAUGUAUCUUACCUGUUCUCAAAACUGGAAGAAGCUCUUAUUAGCAACAAAACAGGGUUGGAUCUACUGAGACAAAGUUAUAUGGUCGCAGACAAGGUUGAGAUUUAUUUUAAUGUUCAGCUUGAAAUUGUAAAUGGAACUAACCUCUCUAACACUUGUGUUGAUUACUACUAUCUUGAUUACGGUUUUGACACAUUCUGUCCCUCAAACUCCUCAGACUACCACUGGAAGCUCUGCUACCUUCCUUAUGAGUAUGGUUACAGCAAUAUUUUACAACUGACAUUCAGUCCACAGACUUUCAGUAAGAGAGAGGCAGAAAGAAAAAAAAUCAACACUGAUGCUGCAAUCUCAUGGCUGUCCUUGCUUCAUGGAAACGCACUUAGUUCUCUAUUUCCUCUCAUAUUCUACCCAGAUAUUGAACCCUAUGAUGAUGAUUAUGAUGAUGAUGAUGAUGAUGACUACCCUCUUUAUGUUUCAAUGACACUGGUAAUGGACACUCUGGACUGCAAUCCACCAAUUCCUAUGACACAAUGUGCUUUAUCUGAGUUACUCAGCUGGAUCAAAGUGUAUUCAGAGUUUGGAGGAAAAUCACACACUUUCAGAAGGGAUCUGUGA